UGUGCACACUGACCCCCAUGUCGACUCCCCUUUAAGACAUGUGGGAUGCGACGUGUGUCAUCCAACCCUGUUCAAGCGCUCGCUGGGGGAGGAGAUUCUAGAUGGACAUAUAGAUAAGCUAAAUAAAUAAACAUAAGACUGGGGGAAGGAGUAAAGGAAAUUCUUUUCUACCUUCCUCUUCCCGAGCAUCUUGCGCUGCGCAGUAUUGGCGACACCACCGGCGAGCGGUGCGCAAUUUCUGUCGAUCUGAAGAGAGGACCACAGCAUCCGAAGCGGUGCUUCAGAGCCGAAACGGAUAGAUCAGACAGGAAAGAAACACCGCAGUCCGACAACUGAGGGGCACAUUGCGGGUUCCUCUCCUAUUUUGAAAGCUUUUUUUUCCAAUCCACUGACGUGGUGCGGAUGGAAAAACUCGAAGCUCCCUCCAAACUGGAUAAUUCACCGAUCUAUGGGGUGUUGAUUCCGUAAUUUUCCAAGAAUAUUUUUGGACACUCAGAGCGUGCACCGCAUUUUUUCAUUGGCCUGUUUUCUAAGUAAUUGCUGCGGGGUGAGAAAAUAGCUUUCAUUGCCAGCUGAGUGUUACAUAACCGAGUGGCAUUAGCUGUCCAGGGUGCUGAACUGAACGGUUGGAGGACUUAAACAGGACGAGCCGAGGGGAAUUCACAACCUUGCAAGGUCACAGGCCUAUCAACCGAGGAAGAGGAAAGCGCCGCUCACUGAACCACUGGGAAGCCGCUGGGUUAUAUUCAUACCCUAAAUUUCUUCCAUCGUCCUCUGCUGAAAAACAUUACUUAGGUGGUCGAUUGAACGGAGAGAAAAUGUCGGGGCAAACGCUCACGGAUCGCAUUGCCGCUGCGCAAUACCAGCUAACGGGAUCAGAUAUGGCCCGUGCUGUCUGCAAAGCCACCACUCAUGAAGUGAUGGCGCCCAAGAAAAAGCACCUGGAGUACCUCGUGUCAGCCACCAAUACCACCAACGUAAACAUCCCUCAGAUGGCUGAUACACUGUUUGAGCGAGCCACCAAUGCCAGCUGGGUGGUCGUCUUCAAGGCUCUCGUCACCACUCAUCAUAUGUGUGUCCAUGGCAACGAGAGAUUCAUUCAGUACUUGGCUUCCAGGACCUCCCUGUUCAACCUCAGCAACUUCAUCGACAAAACCGGCUCUCACGGCUAUGACAUGUCUACAUUCAUCAGACGGUAUGGACGAUAUCUGAACGAGAAAGCCUUCGCUUACCGUCAGAUGGCUUUUGAUUUCACCAGAGUCAAGAAAGGUGCGGAGGGCGUGAUGAGGACCAUGACCACUGAGAAGCUGUUGAAAGGCAUGCCUGUUCUGCAGACUCAGAUUGACACACUCCUGGAGUUUGAUGUUCAUCCCAAGGAGCUGAACAAUGGCAUCAUCAAUGCUGCAUUUAUGCUUCUCUUCAAGGACUUGGUCAAACUGUUUGCAUCCUACAAUGAUGGAAUCAUCAACCUAUUAGAGAAAUACUUCAAGAUGAAGAAGAGUGACUGUAAGGAGGCGUUGGAGAUCUACAAGAGGUUCCUGACCAGGGUGACAAAGAUUGGAGAAUUCAUGAAGCUAGCUGAGACAGUUGGAGUUGACAAAAACGACAUUCCUGACAUCAACUACGCUCCCAGCAGUAUCCUGGAGAGUCUGGAAACACACAUGAAUGGUCUAGAGGAUACAAAAGGUGGAAAGAAGGGUGAAGGAUCUCCAACAAAGGGAUCUCCGACAAACAAUGUGUCUCCAACAUCGACCCCAGCCAAAUCUUCAAAUGCUGUUCCCGCACUGCAGCCUCCUCCUGGGGACAGUGCCGCCGCCGCUGCCGCCGCCGCUCCUGAGCCAGCUGAAGAUUCCUUGUUGGACCUGGAUCCACUGUCCUCCUCUGGUCCCUCAGCACCAUCAGCUGCCCCCACGUCUUGGGGAGAUCUUCUUGGAUCAGAAAUGGGCGAUUCCUUGCUAUCUGAACCCACCCUCACGGCAGAGCCCGCCCCCUCCCCUGCAGCAGCAACGCCCACUCCUGCAGCGGCAGAACCUGGAGUCUCUCUAGCUCCUCCCACUAGCACAGCAGCCGCCACCUCCCCUGGCGCCACCAACAUGGAUCUGUUGGGAGAUGCCUUUGCAACACCUGCUCCUGCCGCUGAGGCCUCUGCAGCUGCAGCUGAAGGUGGUGCUGCCGCCACGUCCACCCCAGGCGCCAACGCUGGAGCUGAGUCCACAGGUGGAGAUGCCACAGCUGCUGCUGCUCCUGCAGCCCCCGGAGCUGAGCUCAUGUCAGUAUUUGAUGGACUAGGUGAUGUAAUGAAGCCCACUGUGACCCCUCAGGCGGGUGAUGUUGACACCUCCAUGGCUAACAUGGCAAGUAAUCUCACAAUGGGAACCUCAGCGGCCCCUCAGGUAGCUCCCCCAUGUUGGGGUGCUCCCAUGCCGGGGGCACCAGGAGCUCCCAUGAUGCCCAUGGUGAGGCCAGGCUUCCCUGCGACAGGAGCGACUCCCGGAGCACCGAUGUCUCCCGGAGUAGCCCAGAGCCCCAGAAAGCCUCCACCACCAAGGAAUGCUCUGGAUGACCUCAACAUUAAGGACUUCAUGUAGACUGAUUCACCCGUAAACCCCCAAGGUUUGUCAUUGUGUCUGGAGCUCUGUGGAUGUGGAUGUCUGCACUUCCUUACUGCCUUCCCUUCCAUAAUGCCCCAGCCCUUUCAGCCAACCAGCGAUUACAUCUUCGAACUUUGCCCUCCGACAUCCUACGGGCCACGGCCCCUAAAGUAACCUGCCCCUUCCCACCCCCUACCUUCUGCCCUCUAUCUAAUGUUGUAGCACAACUGUGAAUGUGAACCCUAGAUACAGAAAAACAAAAUUCUGUUUAUGUGUGUGUGGGUGUGUGUGUAAUUCAGUGUUAACCUUUACUUAAUAUACCAUGGAAAAAUGAACCAAAAAAAUUAUAAAUGUGUAUUUAAAUUCAUUCUGGAUUUCUGCGUAUCAGCUGACUUGGAAUGGUGGAUAAAUGUUGGAUUCUUUGCGCAUCUCCCAGACUAGGGCCGUGUUGUUAAACGUGGACUGUGUUCGGUGUGUGUAUCUCCACUGGCCAACCCCUACUCCCACUACACCUGUUGUCCAAACUAAUACUGAGAUGUUUAUGUCAUUAAGAACUUGGUUGUACCUAUAUUUGCUUGGCCGUCCAGUCUCCCACCUGUCUGCUUCAAGUUCCUUGAGAAUAAUUCUUAGUCAAAAUGAAGAACAUUUUGCAUCAAACACAUCAAAACUGUGUUCAGGUUCAUAUUUACUUUAUGUUUUGGGGUUUUUUUUAGAGAUUGUAUGAAACAUGCAAAAAAUUGUGAACUGUGUUCAAAUUGACAUAUGCAUUUAGACUGUUUUAAAUGAUAGAUUAUACAUAUUUUAUUUAAUCUUUAUUUAGUGAGGAAAAAAGUAUCAUGUAUUUUCAGUUAUGUCAAAUUACAUGGCUGAAUAAAGUAAAGACAAGUAAACAAAAAAAAUUCUGCCUUCCUUGUACAUACCUACCAGCCUGUAAUCAGAGGCAGUAUUGAAUGGAAACUUUGCCCCCAAGUGUUUACUGUUACGCCCUCUGCUGAUGUGGAGUGAUACUGCAUCAUAGCAUGCCACAGUUUAAUCUGGGAUGCAUUCUAAAACUCUCAGAGCUCCUUUUCUCGUCCUGGUGUCCACACAAGAUGACUUAAUGUUAGGGUGGAAAUCCAAGAGACGAGGAAGCAUUUGUGUAUGUGAUUGGAAUGCGGCCUCAGUCUUCGCUGGGUCAUUUGUGACGCAGCAGCAGUCGGUACACUUGUUCGUGUACUGUCACUGGAAGUCUCGAGGGCUCUCACUGUAAAGCACUCAAGUAUACGCUGGAUGUUCUGUGUGUUGUUUAUUUCCAAAAGUGACUGUAUCUUAAUCCAUUGUGACAUUAACAAAGUGUUGAACGAAAAAUAAAGAUGACCAUGUCACAUAACAACAAAAAGAAUGUGGAUAAAUAAUGUUUGCUAAGUAUUCAUAUGAAGGCUGUAUUGUUGUGUUUUUUGUUUUGUUUAUUUAUUUAUUUAUUUGGGUGGGGGGGUUAUUAUGGAUGGCAU